UCGACGUGUCUCUGUGCCAAUCGGACGCGGCCUGCCUUCGGCACCGCCUGCCAGCGUCCAGCGCACUCGCCGUCCGCUCCAGCGGGUCUCGCGGGCCGAGGCGCACGGCGGGCAGAGAAGCGUGGCUAUGCAGCGCCCCGGAAACUCGAGGGCGCCCGGCCCGCCGGCCCUCGUGUCCGUUAUCCUCCCUGUCCACAAUGCCGAAGAGUGGUUGGAUGAGUGUUUGAAGUCUGUUUUGCAGCAGGACUUUGAAGGCUCCAUGGAGCUCUCUGUUUUUGAUGAUGCCAGUAAGGACAAGUCUAUGACUAUCAUUGAAAGAUGGAAAGGAAGGCUGGAAGGUGCCGGUAUCGCUGUAGUCAUUGGAGGUCAUGAUUCGCCAUGUCCCCGAGGAGUUGGAUAUUCUAAAAAUCAAGCAGUUGCACAGAGCUCAGGGUCUUACCUUUGCUUUUUGGAUUCGGAUGAUGUAAUGAUGCCACAGAGAGUGAGGCUGCAACACCAGGCUGCUGAGCAGCACCCAACCAGUAUCAUAGGGUGCCAAGUGAAGAGGGAUCCCCCAGACUCCACCGCACGGUACACACGUUGGAUCAACCAGCUGGUACCAGACCAGCUCCUGACACAGGUGUUCACCUCGCACGGCCCCACCGUGAUCAUGCCCACCUGGUUCUGUUCCCGGGCCUGGUUCUCCCACGUGGGCCUGUUUGACGAGGGAGGGCAGGGAGUGCCGGAGGACCUGCUUUUCUUCUACGAGCACCUCAGGAAAGGCGGCGGGGUGGUGCGGGUGGACCAGAGCCUGCUGCUGUACCGCUACCAUCUACAUGCAGCCACACACUCUGUCCUCGAGACAACCAUCUGGACCCACCGCGUGCGCUUCCUAGAGGAGCGAGCCCUGCCCUACUGGGCGGCCUUCACCAUCUGGAAUGCAGGCAAGCAGGGCCGCAGGCUGUACCGCAGCCUGACCGCUGCCAGCCAGCGCAAGGUGGUCGCCUUCUGCGAUGUUGACGAGAACAAGAUUAAGAAAGGCUUCUACUGCCAUGAGGAUGCCCAGGAAAGGCCCAAACCACGGGUUCCCAUCCUGCACUUCCGGACCGCCCAGCCACCCUUUGUCAUCUGUGUGAAGUUGGACCUCACAGGGGGGGAGUUCGAGGACAACCUGCGGUCACUGCAGCUGCGUGAAGGCCAGGACUUCCUUCACUUCAGCUGAGCUCCGUGGACUCUUGGCAGCACCUUCUCAGGCCACUGCACAGCAGCUGUGACUCAAGCCUGUCCUGCAGGAGUGACUCCAGGGCUCCGUCCCCAGCAUCCCUUGAGAUGCCCUCGGGCGUGGCUCCCAGGUCUUACUCAUGCUUGAGUAUUUUGUACUUUGCAACAUAAACUUUAAACCAUUUGAUCUAAAGGAA